CAGCCCGAAAUAAAUCAAAUGAAUAAUUGAUAACUUUUCGAGGGCUUUCCCAUGGAAACGGCUUGGCAGAUGUUGUAGUAUCAAAUGAUAAUAGUAGCUUAACCAUGGCUAGCCAUGAAACCUUUGUACCGUUACAGCAAGAACCUAAAUUCAGAGUCCGGCGACCGAGCCUCAGAUCGAGAACAGACGAUGGAACACAUGAUCGGAAAAAAGAAGAUCUGCUGGCGCUGCCACCCGUUCGAGCUCUUGCAACAACCAGCCAAGAAAAUCAGACAGACGGACUACAAACUCCAUUCAACAAAUGGCAAAUCCAUCGCUGUGCUACUCCCAACACCACCCCCUGUCAGGAGGUAUUAGUGAACGAGUGGUUACACAGGAAUCACAUCCAAGUAGUGGACAGGCUUCCUAAAAUGGACCCCGUAGUACUGACAAGCCGCGGCACAGACGUUUCAAAGUAUAUCAGUUUCAUUCACCCACCACCUUUCAGCCUAAAACUCCUCUCCGGAUCAACAGAGGAGCAAAAAUAUCGCGAAAAGAGGAACAAACUGGCCCAGGCUCCCUCAUCAACAUCUGGUUCGCCUUGUCCUCGCCUCCUCAGGAAUCAGAGAUCUGACAGGGAAACGUUCGCUUUAAAUCCUGUCAUACGAGUCGGCGGAGGGUAUCGCAGGCUCAGCUGGAAGGUUUUGGAUGUUCUACCCUCUAUUGGACAGUAUGACCCAGAUGUAGAUCCAGUGUACAGUUGCGCCUCAUGUCACGCAAACUUGCAAGUGGUAGGGAAGGUCACGAAUUCUCGCGGACGAGUUCAUUCGAUCUUCACUACACCUAAACAAUGCCACAAAUGCGGGGCUCCCACAACAGACUCUCAAAUACACACGGAAAAAGACUUACAUGAAAGUGUUAUAGACACCCUUCAUCGAGGAGAUUCAAGGUUUAUUGUGGACCAUAGACGUUUUAAAAAAUCGGGCGUCGAGCAGCCUUCAUCAAGAGUUAACCCGGAAGAUUUGCAUUUCAAUUCGCCGAUGGAUUGGAGAGAUGACCUGGAAUCUUUUCGCCUUCACAUGAGCAGGCAGAGUCAAACAGAAGACGACUUGGAGACUACAACCCAGCGUUAUGAGCGGAAUCGCUCGGAAUCAGGUAGCAGUAGUGUAUUCAUGACAGAGCCUGGGGCGAACAUUGAUAACUUAAACGAACCCCCUGAUAUACGCCGUGCGUGGGAUGAUGGAGUUACACGUGCGACGAUUUUGAGAGAUGAUGAGAAUGAUAAUGGAGAAUGGGAAAAAGGAAAGGAAAACGGCGAAAGAAAUGGAAAAGAAAACAGGAGCUCAGCUACUGAUAAUGAUCUAGACGCUUAUAGCGAUUUUGAAAUGAUAGAAGAUUAUGAUCCGAAGUCAGGAUUUACCGUAAGACUUCGGAGAAAACCAUUUGGUGGAGGUAGAAAGACAAGUUAUUUCAUUCGCGGGAUUCGAGACGAAGAGGGUUCGAGUGAAAGGUCUCUCGACAAGGGCGGAAAAUCGCACGAACAUGGAAGGAAAAAAGCACACCACAACAAACAAGAAAUUCAAACUGACACUCAGAUCAACAAGAGUACACCAAAUAAAAGAAAUAAACAAGCCUUGGCCCAGAAGAAAAGAGGGAAAGGUUUUUCACAUAACUUGAACGAGAGUGAAAGACGACUGGAAAAUGAAACAAAUCAAACAGCCAAAUACGACGAGAAUCCUCUUUUGAGGAAAAACUCAUCUUCCGGCGAACAACGACGAGAUGAAACGAAUCAAAGAACCAGACACCAUAAGAAUCCUCUUUCAAGAACGGAUUCGUUCUUCGUCGUUGGCUUGGAUCAACGAGACAAAGUGUUUAGCACUACUCCUGUUGCUGAAGAGUUAUCGGAUGACGAAGAUGAUGAUGAUGACGUCAUCAUUUUCACCAAAACGAGGUUUAGUGAAGAUUCCCUGUCAGACCUUGAGUUCAAAGAGGACGACGCCUGGAGCCCGGAUUCUCCGGGUUCUGGACUUUUCAGACCUAAAAUACCAUCCCCUGGUAAUUUUGGAAAUCAGGUAACUGAGCAUAUGUAG